AUGGCUCACUCCCAUCAGUUCGUUUUCGUUUUGUGUCUUAUUGCAACAGGACAUGCAGUCGUCUUGCAAGGACCUAGCAUUUACCAACCCCAAUUGCUGACCAAACAAGUUGAAACAGUUGAUCUCAGGCCACAGUAUACUUUUAGUUAUGAAGUAAAGGAUCCUAAAACUGGUGAUAUCAAGAACCAAAUAGAAUCACGAGAUGGUGAUGUUGUAAAAGGAUCAUAUUCCCUCUUGGAUGCUGAUGGUUUGACAAGAGUCGUUCAAUACACUUCAGAUGGUGUGAAUGGAUUUAAUGCUGUUGUCACACGAACGGGAACCAAACAGAUAUUAGCUGCUCCAGCUCCAACUUUGAUAAAGAGCGUACCAAUUCUUCAGCAACCAACUUUAAUCAAAUCACCAGGUCUUUCACUUCUCGGUGGUAUACCAUCUCUCGGUUCACCAUAUUCGGGGGCAUAUUCGAGUAGCAGUUUGAUAAGAUCACCACCAUCACUGGGACUGGUUUCUAAUGUCAAAAGCUCAUCACUGCUCUAUUAG